AUCUCUAAUGCUGCACACUCAAACCACAGGCGCUUCCUGCCACACACACAUCUCUGACAGUUGAAGGUGUCGUGUCACCCCAGAGGAGCUGAUCAAGCCAGAGGACGUUUCAGCCUGUGAGUGACUCCCCCUCCCAAACGAGAAGGAAAUGGACAUCGGUGGUCGACUGGUUUUGUCUUCGCUCAUCAUUGCAGGUUUCUUAACUGGGCUACAGUGUGCUGACCCUAACGAAAUCAAAGACCUAAGUAAAGAUGACCAAAUCCUCCUUUCGUGCAAUACGGACUGGAAAGGCGAAGAUAUUAAAGAAGGCAACAGCACUUUGGUGCUAAGAAACAUAGACAGUAGCAUUAAAAAUUACGAAUGUGGGUCUAAGAAGAUUACAAUAAAGAUAAGACCUUGUGACACCUGCAUUCAAGUAGAUCCUGGCACUGUAGCUGGCAUUGUGGUUGGUGACAUCUUAGCCACGGUGCUGAUUGCGGUGGCUGUCUACUUCAUUGCAUCUCAGCAGAGGAACAGGAUGUACAUGGGCAAUAAAGCUUCCGACCGGCAAAUGCUCCUGGCACAUGAUGGAAACAACAGGCUUUAUGAGCCACUGCGUGAACGUGAUGGUGGGGCUUACAGCCAGCUGGCUCCCCGAGGGAACCGUUGACCACUCUGCUGGCCCCUGGCCCAAAACACAGCUGACCGAACUUCUGCUCUCACCUUUACUCCCAGAUACUGCAAGGCGGCCUCACUUUGUGCUUUCUUUAUGUUCUUCUUUCACAGCUUGUGACUUUGAGUCCCCUGUGAGGCUCAGUUCAUUAUCGGGGACCACCGAGAGAUGUGAGGGCAGCAGUCAGUACUGUCUAUUAGUGGUCCCCAUUGCUUGUGAGUGGUUGUGUACAAAUUCAUUUCUGUAUGUGAAAUAAAAACUUUAAUAAAUCAA